AUAUGUUUUGAAGUUUUUCGACGACUACCUAUUACACGAACACGUGUUUUUAUUUUGUGACAACUAUUGUAGUUAUUUAAUAAAUCAUUAUUCAACACUAGGUAAUUAUUUACCUAAUCAACAAACAUGAAGUCCAAAACAGAUGAGAAAGGUCAAAAUUUGAGAACUAUAAAUAACAAUUUUUUAAAAUUGAGAAAAGAAGUAAAAACUGCUAAAACUGCAGUGAUACGUAAGCUAACAAAGAAAAUAACAGCGAUGAAAGAGAAAAAAAGUAAAAACCCAGAAGUUGAGAAAAAAAUUCAAACAUUAAUUGAUCAAGUUAUGGAUAUGAAGAAAUUUAAUAGUACUAAGCAGUGUGACAAAGUGUCAUUGUUUGCUUUGAAAAAUACCCUGGACUUGCAGCAAAUUUUGUCUGACUCCAAGAUAGACAGCAGAACGAAGGCGAUGGGGAGGCUGGUUUUUUUCAAGACGAUGAAAAUUGCUGUAAGUCAAUUCAAAGAAAAUAAUCCUACGUACUUGUCUUGGUUGGAGCAGAAAAAGGAAGAUAAAGCUGAGUCGAAGAAAGAUAAGAAGAAAAAAGAUCAAGGUAAACAGAAGGAGAAGAAAAAGAAAUCUGGUGAUGCUGAUAAUAAUGAAGAUCAAGGGUCUAAAAAUGAAAAAUUAAAGAAAGGUAAAAAUUCUAAGAAAAAAGAACCUUUGGAUGAAGAUAAAGAUGAAGAUUCUCAGGCUGAACAAAGUGAAAAUGAGUCGGAGAAUGACAGUGAAGAUGAAGUGGACCAAGAAAAUGAAGACGAUGCUGAGGAUCAAGAUGAUGAUGAUGAAAAUGAAGCAUCUGAGGCUGGAAAAAAUAAAAAUAAAAAACGCUCGGCUAAGGACAAAGGAGUUAAAGGUUCUAAGGUUAAAAAAAUAAAAAUUGAAUCAAAGGAUGACAGUGAAGAUGAUACAGACCAAGAACAUAAUGAAGAUGCUGAGGAUCAAGAUGAUGAUGAUGAUGAUGAUGAUGAUGAAAAUGAAGCAUCUGAGGCUGGAAAAAAUAAAAAUAAAAAACGCUCGGCUGAGGACAAAGGAGUUAAAGGUUCUAAGGUCAAAAAAAUAAAAAUUGAAUCAAAGGAUGACAGUGAAGAUGAUACAGACCAAGAAAAUAAUGAAGAUGCUAAUGAUCAAGAUGACACGAAUAAAAAUCAAGAUAAACAUGAUAGUUCUCUUAAGAAAUCUAUUACAAAAUCGAAUAAAAUUAAUAAGAAAAAGAUGACUCUUGAGAAAACCGAUGACGGUAAAGAUAAUAAUAAUGAUCGUGAUGACAUUGAAGAUAAAAAACGUAAAGACGCAAAUAAAGUUAAGCUUAAACGUAUAAUUGAUCCGUUCUUUAUAUCGGACGAUAAUGAUCCAGUGUAUUUAGAUAUUCCUGUUGAAAAUAAUGAUAAAAAAGAACAAGAUGGUGAUAGGAGAAGAAAAAUCGGUAGGAAUGAUCGUAAUGAUUUUGGAAGGGAAAGAAGAAAUGAUCGUAAUGAUUUUGGUAGAGAAAGAAGAAAUGAUAAAUUUAAUAAUAAUAGUGGAAAUAAAUUUGGUAGGGAUAAUAAAUUUAGUAAGGACAAUAAAUUUGGCAGGGACAGAAACAAAUUCAAUAAUGAUAAAAGUAAGUUUGGUGAUAAUAAAUUUAAUAAAGGAAAGAUUAAUGAAUCGAGGUACGGUAAUAAAUCAAACGAUUUUAAGAAAGGAAGAAAUAGUUUUAAAGAAGAUAAAAAUGAAAAUAUCGCAGAGUUGCAUCCGUCAUGGGCAGCCAGGAAAAAACAACAGGAUGCUCUGAAACAAGGGUUCCAAGGAAAGAAAAUAGUAUUUAAUGAUGAUGAUUAAUUAUUGUUGUAAUAUUUAUUUCGUAUGUAUUCAUUUAACUUGAUUGAUUAUAAAAUUAAUUUAAAAAAUGUUAAAUAAAUUUUUUAUUUUUU